AUGACCUCAAAGGAGGACUCGAAAUACCCAGCGGUGCUGGAGGACCGGAGGCGCAGUCCGCUGGACCAUCUCCCGCCACCGGCCAACUCCAACAAGCCGCUGACGCCGUUCAGCAUCGAGGACAUCCUCAACAAGCCGUCUGUGAGAAGGAGCUACUCCCUGAGCGGAGCGACACACCACCUGUCUCCCGGAGAGAAGCUGCCCUCGGCGGGUCACAGCAUGUCCGGCCGGCCGCUGCUCAGCCAGACCUCGCCGUUGUGCGCGCUGGAGGAGCUGGCCAGCAAGACCUUCAAGGGCCUGGAGGUCAGCGUCCUGCAGGCUGCCGAGGGCCGUGACGGUCUGACGCUCUUCGGCCAGAGGAACACCCCGAAGAAACGUCGGAAAUCCCGCACGGCGUUCACCAACCACCAGAUCUACGAGCUGGAGAAGCGCUUUCUGUACCAGAAGUACCUGAGCCCGGCGGACCGGGACCAGAUCGCACAGCAGCUCGGUCUGACCAAUGCACAGGUCAUCACCUGGUUCCAGAACCGCCGCGCCAAGCUCAAGAGGGACCUGGAGGAGAUGAAAGCGGACGUGGAGUCCGCCAAGGUAGCGGGCUCUGUGGCAUUUGAGAAGCUCUCCAAGAUGGCCGAGCUUGAGAAAUGCGCGGCUGGAGGUAUGAGCGGGGGGACGGUUUCAGUGCCAGACAACACCGAGCCCGACCCAGUCUCUACCAUGUCCCACCACGACACCACCGAGAACCUGGACUCCAGCAGAGCGCACAUGUCGCCCUCUUCUCCAGAAUCGUCGUGGUACACGGACCGACUGAGCAUUACGUGCGGCUCGGAGGACGAAGAUGAGGAGAUUGACGUGGAUGACUAA